CUCCCCCCUCCCCCAGACCCUCCUAGCUCAAUGAAGCUUUCUUUGCCCGCAGGUUGGAGGCUGAGCAGCUGCGGUCAGGGAGCUGGACUUUCAAGCGGCUGUGGGAUGGCAGAGCGGCCGGGGCGGUGGCCCCUGCCUUUCCUCUACGUCCCAGCUAAGCGAGCGGGUUAUAAACAGUUCUACUCCGACGGAGCCACUGCUGGUCCAGCUAGCGAACUGAAAUUCCGAGGGCCUAUUUGGCUCUGUUGGAUGUCCUAAGGAGCCGGCAAGUGAUGUCAUGACCUUCACUCUGAUGUCACGUUGAGUGUGUGAUGUCAUAGGCAGCCUCAGUGCCCGGGCGCCAGGGCUCUCUGGCACGAAUCGCCAAGUUUCCCUAGGUGGAGCCACUUGUGCGCUCCCAGGGCAGUGUGGUCCGGAGGCGGUGCGCGACCCGGCCUAUCUGGGGACCCUUACUCUUUUCCUGCUUCAUGCUCUCCCCACACAUUCUGACUGCCCAAGAGACUACGGCGUGGGGAGGGGGAAGUGCCUCCCACAGGCCCGGCCCCGCCCCGACCCCGCCUCCAGCCUGAGCCCGCGGGGCCAGGAAGCGCUGGAGGAACCGCCCGGGGACAUGGACGGGGCUGUGAUGGAAGGGCCGCUCUUUUUGCAGAGUCAGCGCUUCGGGACCAAGAAAUGGAGGAAGACGUGGGCCGUGCUCUACCCCGCUAGUCCCCACGGCGUAGCGCGGCUCGAGUUUUUUGAUCACAAGGGGUCGAGCUCCGGAAGUGGUCGAGGGGGCUCGCGCCGCCUGGACUGCAAGGUGAUCCGUCUGGCUGAGUGCGUGAGUGUGGCUCCAGUGGCUGUGGAAAGCCCCCCAGAGCCCGGCGCAGCUGCCUUCCGCCUGGACACUGCGCAGCGCUCACACCUGCUGGCUGCGGACGCGCCGUCCAGCGCAGCCUGGGUGCAGACGUUGUGCCAAAAUGCCUUUCCGAAGGAAAGUUGGACUCUGGCUCCCGUCCCGGUCACGGACCCACCUAAACUUUCUGCCCUGGAGAUGCUGGAGAAUUCCCUGUACAGCCCUAUGUGGGAAGGAUCCCAGUUCUGGGUCACUGCACAGAAGACAGAGGCCUCUGAGCGCUGUGGUCUGCAUGGGCCCUAUGUGCUGAGGGUAGAGGCUGAGAGGCUGACUCUUCUGACCCUGGGAGCCCAGGGUCAGAUCCUGGAGCCACUUCUUUCUUGGCCUUACACUCUGUUGCGCCGCUAUGGCCGAGACAAGGUCAUGUUCUCUUUUGAGGCUGGUCGCCGUUGCCCUUCUGGCCCUGGAACCUUCACCUUCCAGACCGUGCAAGGAAAUGAUAUAUUUCAGGCAGUUGAGACUGCCAUCCGUCAGCAGAAGGCCCAGGGAAAAGUGGGGCAGGGGCAGGAUGUCCUCAGGGCUGACUCCCAUGAAGGGGAGGUGGCAGAGGGGAAGGUUGCUUCUGCUCCUAGCCCCCAGCAGCUCAGAAGCAGUGCCCCAGCCCUGUAUGCUGAGCCCUUAGACUCCUUGCGCAUUCCUCCAGCUCCUUCUCAGGACUCCUUAUACUCAGAUCCUGUAGACAGUACCCCCUCUCGGGCAUCAGAAGAGAUACAGGUGAAGAAACGUCUCUACUGGGAUCUAUAUGAGCAUGUGGAGCAGCAGCUGCAGAAGGCCAAGCUGACAAACACCAAAGAAGACCCCAUCUAUGAUGAACCUGAGGGUCUGGCCCCAGCCCCUCCCCGGAGUCUUUAUGAUCUGCCUCAGGAGCCCAAGGACGCAUGGUGGUGCCAGGCUCGGGUGAAGGAGGAGGGUUAUGAGUUUCCCUAUAACCCUGCCACUGAUGACUAUGCUGUGCCCCCCCAUCGGAGCACAAAGCCCCUCCCAGCUCCCAAGCCCCAGGGCCUGACCUUCCCCAAAUGUGGUGCUACAGGUGGUAGUGGUAGCAAAGGCCACAGCUUAGACACUGCCCUGUAUAGCCAGGUCCAGAAGAGUGGAGCCUCAGGGGGCUGGGACUGUGGGCUCUCUAGGACAGGUACUGACCAGACGGGGGUCAAGUCAGGGGGCUCCACCUGAAAAGGUAGCUGAUAAGAGGACCAUGGAAAGGUGGCACCGGGGUUCAGAAAAACCUGUUAGAAUGAACAGGAACCAGAAGGUGGGAAGGCCCUCCAUCGAAGUCCUAAGAACAAAAGGCAGGACUGAAAGAUGAGCUCUGGGGAACACCAACAAUCCUGAGCAGUCCCUCUUCAAAGGAACAGAGCUGUUGGACCAGGUCUUCGGAAGCGGGUAGUUGGUCACAGUGGGUGAAGUUCCAGGGCCUGUAUGGAAAUUGCCUGGAUCCUUACCCCCUUGUAUUGUUCUUUGCCAGAGAUAUAUUUUAAAAAUUUCAAGAUACAUUAAAGUGAGUUUGGGUUUAA